AUGAUCAGCAGCAGUAAUGGCCUGUCAGCCUCAUCGACAAUCACCACCACCACCUCUUCAUCCGCUUCGACUACGACUGCCUCACCUUCCCCACAACUGGCGACUGAUCAUCAGAGCGGCACUUCCGCCGCUGCCACUGAGAACCCAUUGACCGUCGUUCCUUCAACCUCGAUCUCCACCGCCACCACCUCCUCCUCUUCGCUGAGUGCCGUCAUUGCCGAGGCGAUUGGCGAACAGCACAACAACAGCAACUCCAUCAGCACAACUUCUGAUCAGACUGUAGUGCCGGAUCAUCAUCAUCAAGUGGCACCGCCUGCAAUCUCCGAAAGCACCGCCAGCACCGGCUACAGCAACGGCUGGGACGGCAGCUCCUCGGUGUACAAUAAUAGUGUCAAUGGAGGUCACUCUGCCUACACUGAUCCCACCGUCUCGUACAUUGAUCCGUCCUACUAUCACCACCAACAGUCAGCGAAUGGAAGCUACCACAACCCUGAAAUGUACGACAGCUCGUACGGUUCAGCAGCAGGAGCACUAACAGGAGCACCUCCUCCUCAUUCUCAGCCACUGGACCCAAACGCCGUCUACUACGGUCAACAGCAGCAAUCGACGUCAGUGAACAACAGCAGUGGAAGCAGCAGUCUGCCUCCCAUCGCCGAGACGACCUACCUCCUCACCGGCCUAAUCGACCACCCGAUAGGACAAACGGGCAGCUCAAUGGCAGCUGGAGAUGGAUUAUAUUCGGGAUAUAUUCCUCAUCAUCAUCAGCAGACGAGUGAACAGCCGCCGAUUGCCACCGACCACGACUCUCAGGACUCGCAGGGAGGUAAUGCGGCGCCCACCUACCUCGACCUGGCCACGCCGGCUCAGGCAGUCAACAACAGCAAUCAUAAUAACAACAG